AUGCCAUCAGCUAUCUCAGACGUCUUUAGUAAAGGCGCCAAACUACUCCCACCUAUCACCGACAAGACCUUCAGUUCUUACUUCGAUUUCCUUGGCAGUAGUCGCAUUGUUCUUCUUGGAGAUGCAAGCCAUGGCACUUCCGAGUUCUACCACGCUCGUGCAGAAAUCACAAAACGGCUAAUCGAACACCAUGGGUUCAAGACUAUCGCCCUCGAGGCAGAUUGGCCCGACGCCGAAUCUCUCGAUCGCUACGUCCGGCAACGACCCGGCCCCCAGGCGAAUAUUGAAAAAGACGUUCCAGAUGGUGCGCCUUUCAAGCGCUUCCCGACCUGGAUGUGGAGGAACCGAGAGAUGCAAGAUCUCGUCCACUGGCUACGCGACCGCAACGCUGCUCUACCAAAGACCGAACGCUCAGGCGUAUUCGGCCUCGACUUAUACAGCAUCGGUACAUCUCUAGAUGCAGUAAUCAAAUAUCUCGAUCAGGUUGAUCUCGAAAUGGCGCAGAAGGCUCGUCGUCGAUAUGGAUGUAUUCAGCCGUAUGUAGACGAGCCGUCAAGAUACGGCCUUGAGUCCCUCCUGUCGCCUGAUUUCGAGAAUUGCGAAAAGAAGAUCAUCGCCAUGCUUCGCGAUCUAAUGAAAAAACGCCUUGACUACUCGUCGAUGCAUGAAGAUGGCGAGGAAUUCCAUAGCGCGGAACAGAAUGCACUACUAGUGGCGGACGCAGAGAAGUACUAUAAAUCUAUGUAUCAUAGGGAUGAUCCCAGCUGGAAUCUGCGCGACAAGCACAUGUUUGAGACUCUGGUACGGCUGAUGAAAUUUAGAGGGGGCAAAGUGAUCGUAUGGGCUCACAACAGUCAUUUGGGAGAUGCCAGAUACACAGGUAUGAGCAAAAGAGGAGAAUUGAACCUAGGCCAACUAUGCCGCGAGGUAUUCGGGGACGAAACUAUUAUUCUCGGUUGCGGAACCCAUACCGGUACUGUUGCAGCAGCUGAUAAUUGGGGCGGCGACAUGGAAGUCAUGAAUGUUGUCCCGUCUCGGACUGACAGCUGGGAGAGGCAGGCGCAUGAUACGGGACUUAAAAGUUUCAUCUUCAAUAUUAAAGAGGCGUCAUCGAGCGACGAGACUUUGAGGGAGAAACUAAUGCAGAAGAAGCUCCAGAGGUUCAUUGGGGUCAUCUAUAGGCCUGAUACGGAACUCCAGAGUCACUAUAGCAGUGCUAUACUCGGGAAGCAGUUCGACGCAUACUUGUGGUUUGAUGAGACCCAUGCGGUCAAUGCACUGGAGAAGAAGCAGCCCAAAACACCAUUGUCUCUGGAGGAGACUUAUCCUUUUGGCGAGUAA